AUGGCACCCAAUGAAACCCACUUCCUGCUCUCGCCAUUCACUCUGGAGGAAGAUGCUGUCAUGGCAUAUGAAGCCAUCAGGAGAUGCCCAGGUGAGUGGAACCCUGAAAUCCAGCAGCACGUGGUCAGGGAAGAGCUUGACAUUCCUGCAAACAAACAAAAACCCACCAAAAAGCCAAAGAAACUGCAACAGAAGCAGCGUCUCCCCCUGCUACGCACCCCCAUCCCCGGCUGGGCGGGAGGGGCGGUCACCGCUCUCUGCCCGCGCGCGGCCGCUGGGCGGAGCCUAGGACCCGGAAGGACCGCGGGCGGCGGGAUGCGGCGAGGACCGCGGGCGGCGCGCCCCGCGCUGGCCCUGGCCGUGGUGCUGCUGCUGUGCUGCGGGGCCGCCGUUCCCCCGAGCUGGCCGCGGAGCCUCGGGCGCGAGGCGGCCGCCUUUCGGGAAAGUCUCAACAGACAUCGAUACUUGAAUUCUUUUCCUCGUGAAAAUGCCACUGCUUUCUAUGGAAUAAAUCAGUUUUCCUAUUUGUUUCCUGAAGACUUUAGAGCCAUUUAUCUAAGAAGCAAACCUUCCAGGUUUCCCAGACACCCACCUGAAGUACAAAUGUCCAUCACCAAUGUGUCUUUGCCACUAAGAUUUGACUGGAGGGACAAGCAUGUUGUGACACAAGUGAGAAACCAGCAGAUGUGUGGAGGGUGCUGGGCUUUCAGCGUGGUGGGUGCAGUGGAGUCUGUGUGUGCAAUACAUGGGGCACCCUUAAAGGACCUCAGUGUGCAGCAGGUCAUCGACUGCUCCUACAACAACUAUGGCUGCCAGGGAGGGUCACCUCUCAGUGCUCUGAGCUGGUUAAACAAGACACACAUGCAACUGGUGACUGACUCAGAGUACCCAUUUAAAGCUCAUAACGGCCUAUGCCGUUACUUCUCCAGCUCACAGCAGGGAGUUUCGAUCAAAGGUUAUUCUGCACAUGACUUCAGCGACCAAGAAGAUGAAAUGGCAAAAGCACUUCUUACCUUUGGCCCUCUGGUAGUGAUAGUAGAUGCAGUGAGCUGGCAGGAUUACCUAGGAGGCAUAAUCCAGCACCACUGUUCCAGGGGAGAACCAAACCAUGCAGUUCUCAUAACUGGCUUUGAUAAGACAGGAAGUACUCCAUAUUGGAUAGUGCGGAACUCAUGGGGAAGUUCCUGGGGUGUAAAUGGCUAUGCACAUGUCAAAAUGGGAGCUAACAUGUGUGGUAUUGCAGAUUCUGUUUCUGCUGUAUUUGUGUGAAAUGUUGGGGACAUCAAGAGAUAUCUACAAAAAAUGAAGAUUUUCUUAAUGUAGUAUCACAUGACACUUCAUCCUAAGCAUUGCUCAACUCUACAGAAGCUUCUAGAGCCUAGCAUUCAAACUGAGUUGCAGAGUGUCAUCUUCUUGUACAGAUGAAAGACACCCAAAGCCUAUAAACAUCGCAUCCUAUAAGAAACCUGUGGGAUAUCCCCUACUUGUGAAGACUAGAUUAGGUUGUAUUUAAGGGCCCCAGACUUGAAGAAGCUAUUGCUUAGUUUUGUUUGCUUAUUGUCAUUUUGAAUUUUAUGUUUGUUUAUAUUUUAAUGUGAUCAGGUAGGAUCAAA